AUCAAGCCUGAGGUAUUCUAGUGAUAGAUCUACUAGAGCUAUUCUCCAUGGCAUACCAAAGUAUUGUUUUAAUGGCUGCCGUUGCAUUAAUCUUUGGAGUCCUCAUAGCAACCCCAUCAAGAGCACAACCCAUUGGAGUCGCUUAUGGAACUCAAGGAAACAACCUGCCACCACCGAAUGAAGUAGUGGAUCUGUACAAGUCUAAGAACAUCCAAGCAAUGAGACUUUAUGAUCCAAAUCAAGCUGUUCUCCAGGCCCUCAAGGGUUCCAACAUUCAACUCAUGUUAGAUGUCCCCAACGCUGAUCUACAAUCAUUAGCUUCUAGCCCAUCAGCAGCCAAUGACUGGGUGCAGAAAAAUGUGAAGGCCUGCUUCCCUGAUGUUUCAUUUAAAUACAUUGCAGUUGGUAAUCAAGUGAUCCCCGGAGAUCAAGCUCAGUAUGUGCUCCCUGCCAUGAAAAACAUCCACUCUGCUUUGUCCUCAGCCGGCCUAUCAAACCAAAUCAAAGUGACUACUUCAAUUGCCACCGGGCGUGAGGUCCUUGAGCAAUACUCUCCCCCCUCAUCUAGUAGACUCUCUUCUGGUGCAUCAACAUACUUAGAACCAAUCGUUCAAUUUUUGGCUAGCAAUGGAGCCCCACUCCUAGUAAACUUGUACACCUACAGACAUUAUAUCGGCGAUCCGAACCACAUCGGGACCAAGUAUGCCUUGUUUACUUCCACAGAGACUGUCAUAGAAGAUGGACAAUAUAGCUAUCAGAACCUCUUUGAUACCAUAAUGGAUGCACUUUAUGUGGCUUUGGAGAAGCUAGGAGGGUCUAAUGUGCCGAUCGUCGUGUCGGAGAGUGGUUGGCCGUCGGCUGAUGGUUUUGGUGCAACUGUUGACAAUGCAAGAACAUAUAAUCAAAAUUUGAUCAACCAUGUUGGCCAAGGCACACCAAGGAGACCUGGAAAGGCUAUAGAGGCCUACAUAUUUGAGAUGUUUAAUGAGAACCAGAAGCCACAAGGUGCAGAGCAGAACUUUGGGCUGUUCUACCCAGAUAAGCAGCCAGUCUACCCUAUCAACUUCACUUGAAAAUGCGAUCGAGAACUAUAUAUCAAGAGUAACACCUAAAAUAAACCAUUGGAAGCACCGGACUGUCUGGGCUUUUCUUCUUGAACAUGUGUACUUGAAAUAAUCCAUGUUAAAUAAAGUUCAUGUGCUUGGAAGUUUUCAUGAACAAAUAUAUCUUCAUGUGAGUUAUUUUGAAAUCA